UAUGCCGUAAGAGAGAGACUACUUUGUGUGUCAAUGGCAGUAGGUUCUCUCAUGUAGCUGAAGUUAUUGCUCAGACCAUCUUGAAUGCGCUAAAACAAUCCAAUUUCGGGAUUACACCAUAUAAAAAGUACAAUUUCUGUAGAGACAACCGCCAUAGAAGCACCUUGCCGCCGGUCCUUACUCCGGCCAAAGCCAUGCCCAAGAACGAAGGUGUCCGUUUCACUACUUCUUCAUCUCUCAAACUCCCUCUUUCAUCCCUCCAAGAUGACCAUCGCUUCAACAGACAUCAACUAUGGUCUCUGCCUCGCUUCUCUCAACUCCAGUUCUGUCCUCAAAUUCUGAUCAAUUCAACUCUUUCCAGAGCUAAAGACGCAAUUGACAACUUCGUCUUUUCUCUGAAACACAACAAAACAACACGCGGGUUACCAUCAAGGAGUCCACUUUUGUGCUCGGCAACACUUGCAUUGACUCGGUCGGACGAGCUAGAGGGUGCUGCUGCUGCUGCGGUUACUCAACCCAAAAGCGCGCACUCCGCUGUGCCGAGUCGACACGAGGAGGAGAGAGUGUUGAUCAGCGAGGUUUUGGUGAGAAAUAAGGAUGGGGAGGAACUAGAGAGGAAGGAUUUGGAAAAUGAGGCUUUAGUUGCUUUGAAAGCUUGUAAACCUAAUUCUGCCCUAACAGUUCGCGAGGUUCAAGAUGAUGUUCAUAGGAUUAUAAACAGUGGGUACUUUUAUUCUUGUAUGCCUAUGGCUGUUGACACCAGGGAUGGAAUUCGAUUGGUAUUUCAGGUAGAACCAAAUCAGGAGUUCCAAGGGUUGGUAUGUGAAGGAGCUAAUGUUCUUCCAACAAAGUUUAUAGAAGAUUCUUUCCGCGAUGGAUAUGGAAAAAUUAUUAAUAUUAGGCGUUUGGAUGAAGUAAUAGAUUCAAUCAAUGGAUGGUACAUGGAAAGUGGUCUUUUCGGCAUGGUUUCAGGCGUUGAGAUUCUUUCAGGGGGUAUUCUUAGGCUCCAAGUUUCUGAAGCUGAAGUCAAUAACAUUUCUGUUCGAUUUCUUGAUAGAAAGACUGGUGAGCCAACCAUAGGAAAGACAAGGCCAGAAACCAUACUUCGACAACUUACUACCAAGAAAGGACAGGUUUAUAGUAUGCUUCAAGGGAAGAGAGAUGUUGACACUGUCUUAACAAUGGGUAUCAUGGAAGAUGUUAGCAUUGUACCUCAACCUGCUGGAGAUACUGGUAAGGUUGAUCUAACUAUGAAUGUUGUUGAGCGUGUCAGUGGAGGAUUUUCUGCUGGUGGUGGAAUUUCGAGCGGGAUUACAAGUGGCCCUUUGUCGGGAUUAAUAGGAAGCUUUGCAUAUUCUCAUAGAAAUGUUUUUGGAAGAAACCAAAAGCUAAAUGUCUCAUUGGAAAGAGGGCAAGUUGACUCAAUAUUUCGUAUAAACUACACAGACCCUUGGAUUGAAGGAGAUGAUAAGCGGACGUCCAGAUCAAUAAUGAUUCAGAAUUCGCGUAUGCCAGGAACACUUGUUCAUGGCAACCAGCCUGACAAUGGUAGCCUAACUAUAGGCAGGGUUACAGCUGGGAUCGAGUUCAGUAGACCAUUAAGGCCAAAGUGGAGUGGCACGGCUGGCCUUAUUUUCCAGCAUGCUGGUGCUCGGGAUGACAGAGGUAAUCCAAUCAUUAAGGACUUUUACAGCAGUCCACUUACUGCCAGUGGCAAUAAUUAUGACGAGACAUUACUUACAAAGUUUGAGUGUGUAUAUACCGGUUCUGGUGACCCCGGGUCUUCACUGUUUGUGUUUGGCGUAGAGCAGGGACUUCCUUUGCUUCCGGAAUGGCUAUCUUUCAACAGAGUGAACACUCGUGCUAGAAAGGGUUUGAAAAUUGGUCCUGCUCGCUUUCUUUUAAGUUUGUCUGGAGGCCAUGUGGUGGGAAACUUUUCCCCUCAUGAAGCAUUUGCAAUUGGGGGAACGAACAGCAUUCGGGGUUAUGAAGAAGGUGCUGUAGGUUCAGGCAGGUCUUAUGUUGUUGGCUCCGGAGAAAUAUCGUUUCUGCUGGCCCGGCCAGUUGAAGGGGUUGCAUUUGCAGAUUAUGGGACUGAUCUUGGAUCUGGCUCGACCGUGCCUGGUGAUCCUGCGGGUGCAAGGCUAAAACCGGGAAGUGGAUAUGGGUAUGGAUUGGGUGUUCGUGUAGACUCUCCUCUAGGCCCUUUGCGACUAGAAUAUGCGUUCAAUGACAGGAAAACAGGACGGUUUCAUUUUGGUGUUGGUCACAGGAACUAAGGUUUCCAUAUCCUCUUUGUUUUUUUUUUCUAUCUAAGAAUGAAAACAGUAAACAAGUUAAUCAAAUUUGUCUACUAGGUUGGUUUGGUUGUUUACUUGAGCUGAUUUUUUCUUC